UUGAAUCUGGACAUUAAAAAAGAGAAAAAAAAAUCUGAAUUGGAUUGCAUUGGAAAUCUGCAGAGAUUGAAUCUGGAACUAUUUUUAUCAACAUGCCAAGCUUUUUGAAGAUGGAAAUCUUUUCAGAACUAAAAAAAAUAAUCAUAACAAGAAGUUUGACAAGCAAAAGUACUUAAUAUAGGGUAAAGCUCUAAAGUUACUUCUUGACAAUUAAAAUACUUACAAAAAGCAUGCUUUUGAGUGAAUUCCGUAGUGUUGGAAGGGGCUUGCCAUGAACUACCUCACACUCUGCUUCCACUGGUAGAUUCUCAAAUAGGAUUAGUAAAUUGGUCAAAAUAAGAGAUAGGGUACUGAGUGGUGAAUCGUUCAGAAAUAAAUUGGUGAUUAUAAAUUUUUAAUAUGGAUUUGCGUUUAAUUUCCAAAUCUUUGUUGGUGUGUUUGAUUCUUAUUGAAAUUCAUACAUAAACAUGUUAUAUAUUGAUUGAUUUUUGUAAGGAUAGCAUUCACGGCUAGAACCCUGGAACCAAAUUGAACUGAACCAAAACAAACUGGUUCCAUUAGGACUAGUUUGGUUCCAAAAUACUCCUAAAUCAGUCCAAACCGAACCGUGUGAUAACUCGUGCUUCUUGAAGUUCUUAUUACAAGCUUAAAACGAACAACCAGACCGGAGUAACAAUGAAAAAAGUGGGUCUCACUGUUAUAAUUCAUCUCCACUAACAAUGUUCAAACCCUAAUUUCUUGGUCCCACUCAACAAUUUCCACAUCUAUUUUAGCUUGCCAAUUCAGGUAAGUUUUCAAGUGCUCAAAGACUGCGAUCAUUCAUGAUUUCCUGUAUCUGACACUUUCUUUCCGAUCCAACAAUCAAUUUUUCACAACAAAGGAACAGAAUGUGUUUGUUUAAAUGUUUGAAUUAAUCAAAACUAAUGUACAUUCCAAUACAAUAUUGUUCUCAAUAUUGGUGAAAUAGUAUCCAACUGUGUAAUUGAGAAUUCUAGCUUGUCUCAUCAGAUUGGAGUUGGACAUAGUCUCGAACAUAACCAUAAAUUUAUUUGGGUCGAACUUUGAGUGUCACAGCCCCUUCCAUUUAGAACUUGACCCAACCUGCUCAAUCCUUUGCAACCUGGCUGAUUAGUGCCAACACCUAAAAAAGAGAAGAUCAAUCUCCAAACCCUAAUCAGUGACUCGGUGAGGUGUGCUUAGCUUGUUCGCAUACAACAAGCAUAACUAGUGGAGAAGCCUGACAGAGAUAUUAACCACAUGGGCACGAGAGUGGAAAAAGAGGAGACCUCGCCCGGUAAUAUUGGGAAGAAGUCUAAGAAAAACAAGAAGAAUGUAGCCAAUAGUUUGGAAGAGGCAGUUGACUGCAUAGAUGUAGUGCCUAGUAAGGUGGAGGCUAAUGUUAAAUCGAGCAAAGAAGAUAGGAGAAGGAAGGAUAAGAAGAAAGAAGAGGUUUGGAAUGAUGUUCAAAUUGAUGGGACUUCUGAUGAAGCUGUCAAUGUAAAGUAUUGUGCAAAAGUGGAUAACACUCGUCAACAGGAGAAGGAUAGGAGGAAGAAAAAGAAGCCGCCAAAAUUGGAAGCUGCUGAAGAUAAUGAUACUUCAAAUAAUGUGUCUCACAUGGAAGGAGAGGAGAAUAGAAGAGUGCAGACAAAUGGUGGCAAGGAUUCAGGACAUGAAAAUUUGUUGAAAGAUAGAAAAGACGAGAAGAAGAGGUGCAAGAAGGUUAGAAAGAAAGGUGAGAGUGAUACUGUUUUGUCUUCAAUGGAAAUCCUUGAGGACAAUAAUAUGAGAAAAGUUGAUGCGGUUAAUCGGCAGAACAGCUUUGAGAAGGAAGAUGUCACUGAAAUGAAGAAUGAUGUAGUGCCUAGUAAGGAGGAGGGUAACGUCAAAUCAAGCAAAGAAGAUAGGAGAAGGAAGGAUAAGAAGAAAGAAGAGGUUUGGAAUGAUGUUCAAAUUGAUGGGACUUCUGAUGAAGCUGUCAAUGUAAAGUAUUAUGCAGAAGUGGAUAACACUCAUCAACAUGAUAAGGAUAGGAGGAAGAAAAAGAAGCCGCCAAAAUUUAAUGCUGCUGAAGAUAAUGAUACUUCAAAUAAUGUUUGUCACAUGGAAGGAGAGGAGAAUCGAAGAGUGCAGUCAAAUGGUGGCAAGGAUUCAGGACAUGAAAAUUUGUUGAAAUCCAGAAAAGAUGAGAAGAAGAGGUGCGAGGAGGACAGAAAGAAAGGUGAGAAUGAUACAGUUUUGUCUUCAAUGGAAAUCCUUGAGGACAAUGAUAUGAGAAAAGUUGAUGUGGUUAAUCGGCAGAACAGCUUUGAGAAGGAAGAUGUCGCUGAAAUGAAGAAUAGAGAACGAAGGGCUAGAAAGAGGAACAAAAGGAGAAGGGACAUGGAGGAUGGUGAUCUAAAAGAACACAAGAAAAUCACAGAUGGAAAAGAGGUUGAAAAAGUGAGGGAGGACUUUAACGAGGAUAUUGUGGAGAAGGUUGAAAAGAAGAAGAGAAAGAGAAAGAAGAAACUGGAUGAGGAUGACUUGAGUGCUGGAUUUCAAGAAAUUGUGGCUAAGGAACAUAAUAAUGAAAGGACUACUGUUGAAGAUAAAGAUUUUGUUUACAGUGAAGGUAAUACUAAUUCAAGUAGGAAUAAGAUGGUCGACAAAGAGAUGAAAAAUGUCAACAAAGAGAAGAGGAAAAAGAAGCUGCCUGAUACAGUUGAAAGUAGUUCCAAAGAUCCUAAAUCAGAAGGAAAAUCUAAGAAAGUUAGGUUUUCUGAUCAUGUAGAGGUCUUCCCAUUGUCUGAUGAUCCAUUUACGUUGAACACAAAAGAACAGGAAGAUAAUUUAGUUCGAGGCAAGCGGUUCUCACUAGAAGAAGAUGAGAUGGUUAAAGAGGCUGUAUAUAACUACAUAAAGGUGAAUAACUUGGGCGAAGAAGGUUUGGACAUGGUUCUGCACUGCAAGGAUUAUCCCCAAAUUAAAAAUUGUUGGAAGGAAAUAGGGGCUGCCCUUCCUCAUAGGCCUUAUGUGAGCAUAUACUACCGUGCUCAUAUAUUGUUUGAAAGGGAUGAGAAGCGUGGAUGGACGCCUGAAGAGUAUGAAAUUAUCAAAAAGUUCCAUGAAGUACAUGGGCCAGAUUGGAAGACGUUGGCUGACGAGCUUGGCAAACAUAGAUUUCACGUGAAGGAUACUUGGCGCAGAAUAAAGCUAUCUAGCAUGAAGAAAGGACGUUGGUCCCAAGAGGAGUGCCAGAAUUUAUUUAAUUUAGUGAAUAUGGAUCUGCGAAUGAAGGUUUUUGAGGAAAAGUACUCCAAACACGGCAUGUUGAGGGAUAAUAUCUGUUGGAGUGCUAUUAGUGAUAAGUUGUCCACUCGUUCCAAUCAAACUUGCUGUAAGAAAUGGUACUGCCAAUUAACAUCACCUAUGGUGGCUGAAGGUGAAUGGGCUGAUGCUGAUGACUAUCGCCUGCUUACUGCACUUUAUAGCUUGGAUGAAUGCUGCAUGGAAGAUGUGGAUUGGGACAAUCUUAUUGACCAUAGAUCUGGAGAUGUAUGUCGAAAGCGUUGGAACCAAAUGGUCCGUCAGAUAGGUCAACCUGGGAAUAAUUUGUUUGCUGAACAAGUUGAAAUUCUAUCAAAGCGCUAUUGCCCUGAUUUACUUGAACCAAGAGAGAUCUGGGACAACAAGCCUGUCCUUCCUUGAUGCUACUAUUGUAUUUGGUUGCUAAGUACCUUAUUGGGAAUCACUUGCUGGUGAAGAUAUAGCAAUUCAUGUAUCUACAUGGCAUUGUGAUUUAGAGAUUUGGUGGCCUUGGUUAAGCUCUCAUAAUUGGCUUGGACGUGACUGAGGGCUAUAAACACUUGCACAGCUGGGUAAGUUUGCCCAGAAACUUUGGAAGUUCUGGUUAGUGGGUGUUUUUUUUUCUUUUUUUUGUUUUACAUGGUUUGUCGAUUUCUCCUCUCAAUUGCAAUUUUCUUCUUUUUUUUCCAUCAAUUUUUCCUUCUUAAAUAGUAAUUGCUUAAAUUUCCAUAUUUAUUGUUGAUA